AUGCUACAAGCAGGCCACCAAUUUCCUGAAGAAAUUGCCGAUAUUAUUAGGAAAAAUCAACAACAAUCUGCAUAUUGUCUUGUUCAGCGUUACAACCGUGAAAAUUCUGAAUUCGAAGUUCAAGAAAUUUCAACACCUCACCAAUAUCGCCCACAUCCAGUUUCCUAUAAGGUCAGGCUAAAUGAAUGGUGNUGCGAUUGUGGUCACUUCCAAGCUACUCGUCUCCCAUGUCAUCACGUUGUUGCUGUUUGUGCUAAUUCUCANAUACCACUAACCCAAGUAAUCGACCCAGUUUACAGUCUUACCAACAUUUUCAAGGCAUACGAAGUACAAUUCCACCCAAUCCAAAACGAUGAUUAUUGGUCUGCGUAUACAGGUCCAAACUUCAUACCANAUCCUAAAAUGCGACGCAAGGCAUCCGGAAGACCAUCUACAAAUAGGAUUCGUAAUGAGAUGGAUCAGUCCACUCCAGAUCAGCCAAGAAAAUGCUCUUACUNNCGCAACGAAGGUCAUCAUANGGGAAAUUGUCCAUUUCGUUAA